AUUCUUUCAACUAUUUUUUUUUUACUCCGAGAUUUCUCCCGAACCCAAGGCAAGCCUCCGGGGAACUUCUAGAAGCUCGGCCCUAUUUUUCUGUUCUGCCAUUGUUCUUCCGUGGAAGCGAACAAUCGCCAUCUGGUGCUCAGCCUCAGCCUCGUCUCAUCGACCAACUGAAAGGACCCCCCAAGAACGGAGAAAUAAUAAUAAAAAAAGAGGGGGUUCUCGUAUUGAAACCAAUUGCUCCUUCUCCAGAAACGCACACCCCGCCUCACUCGGCAUCUGGAGCAUCAACCCCCGGAGAUUCUUCCCCUCCUCCGCCACAUGGCCGGCCCCCCGUCUCGCCCCGGCUGGUUCGCCGUUCCGGCCCCCGUCCGCGAGCUGUUCAAGCUGUUCCCCUUGACCACCCUCCCUGCCGAAUCUCUGCCCGAGCGAGCCCCCGAGAGAACACGUCCGCGGCCGUGCCUGUACGUCUUUGCGCGGACGCUGGAGGAUGCUCGCAGCGGCCGGCCGAGCUUCAAUCCCCAGUGCCUGAAGUGGCAGACAUUCCUCCGCAUAGCCGGCGUACAAGUCCAUCUCGUCCCCUCCAACAACCAUGCCUCCCCCUCCGGCGCAUUGCCCUUUCUCCUCCCCCCGACAACACAAACACCCACAUCCGAGAAGGAAUCGACGACAACCCCCAGCAGCAAUGCCGUAACAAAACCAACAGUCCCCCUCACCGGGGCAAAGAUCCACCGCUACGCCAAAGACAACUCCCCCAGGGAAACCUUGCCCGACUCUCCUCCCUCCCGCACCGAAGCCUACGAAGCUCUUCUCUUACAAAGCCUUCGUCCCGCAUGGCUCUACGCCCUCUACCUCCACAACUCAAAUACCCACCUCCUCAAAUCCCUCUACCUCCCCCCCUCACCCAUCCUCCAUCUCCCCUCCCUUCACACCCUCCGCAACGCCGCCACCGACGAGAUCCUCAAUACCACCCGCCGCGCCCUCAUCGACCCGCCCCAGCUCCUCGCAGACGCCACCGACGCCCUGCGCUCGCUCUCCGCCCUCCUCGCCGGCGACGACUGGUUCUUUGGCCAGCCCGGCCCGGGCCUGUUCGACGCAGAGGUCUUUGCUUACACGUAUUUGAUCCUGGACGAGGCGUUUGGCUGGGCCGACGACUAUUCGCUGGCGCAAUGCCUGGCCAAGUUUGAUAAUCUGGUAGAGCACAGGAGACGGCUAUAUGAGAGGUGUUGGCCUGAGGCACAGGGGGAACAAGUAAACCAACAUUAAAGCACCCCUUCAAUGUACAAUAAUAAAUGUUCUCCCAAUAAAGGAACAAAAUGCUCCCUCAUGUAAAAUAUUCAAAUCAAAGAAGAAGAAAAGCUCCAAAGAAGGAAAUAAGGGAAAGACAAAAGGAAAUUUUGCUCAUCACAGCACAAAAUCAACUAAACUCUUGCCUUCGCCUUCAAUAAUACCUUGGCUCUAUCUUGUGACAAGUUCAAACAUCCCUAACCCAAGACAUCAACACUGCCCGCUCGCCUCACCCAUCAUGACACCUCGCCUUUAGCUUAUACAACAAGACCCAAGGAUUCCUACGCCGUAACCACGUAUCAGCCAUUAGUUUGACCCGUGCCUAUUUCCCCAUUGACGGGGUGAACGCACUGCGUCCGCUUGCUACCAGAUUCCCUAGAUCUAAACGCCUAAAGCAAUCAAAAAUAAUGAAAGAGGGGAGGGGAGGGGGGUAAGAAGAGACAAAGUUUAGAAAAAGAGAGAAGGGGAAAAAAGAAGAGGAACAGGGAAGAGAUAGAAAACCAUCCUAGUGCCAAAACUCCAAAGAUGCGAGACGCCAUAUGAGGGGCAAGUUGAAACGGGGACGAAAAAAAUGUGAAUCGCUCUGCCGGUGGACCUCCCAGCAGAAAAAAAGCCAUGGUAUCGUUUCUUCACACCUGUUGAGACUGCUGAAUGCUAUCUACCACAUCCUGUAGCGAGACAAAUGCUC